AUGGGUACGUAUUAGCUAAAGUCGUAUAGCUUGUUUGUAGCUUAGCUAGCAUGCUUCUAUAUCUAGUUAGCUAUCUCGCUUCGGCCCGUUUUAUCCGGCUGUAGCCCUAAACCAUAUCAGAUUGUAUUCGUCACAUGAUUACGGGCCCUUCCCGACAACGCCGACAGAAAGAAAGUAGCGGAAUAAUAAAAAAAGUGACACGUAAUAAUGCAAGUAAUAAUGCGUCCACAAUGAGUAACGACAACGUGUCUAUACACACGGGGUACCAGUGCAAAAUCCACACUUGCUGUACUGCAGUGUUUUAACAGUGUUUUUCAGUGACAACAUGUGGACACCAAGGUGUUCUGAGAAGCAGGUAGGUAAUUAACACAGGUAGUCCACUGUCUUUCCUCUGUUUUCCAUAAACAAGCGUAGUAACAUGGAAAUGUGGCAGUGUGGGAGCCCUAACCCUAUAAAGGUGUGUAUCAAUUUAACAUUAUUUUUUUUUGAAAACUAUUUAUCGCUGAUAUGAAAGAUAAGGUCCUUAUGCUUCCAAAACCGUACCGUGUGUUCAUGCUAUUUAUACAGUGUUUUCCAGAUGUUCUGCUGCAGAAAUGCCGAAGUUUAAAAGCCAUUUCUACAUUAUUUUUAAAAGUCUCCUCUCCCCUUUAUUUCAAAUCAAAUCUGGUCAAAAACACAUUUAUCAGAUGUUACUGCGGGUGUAGAGAAAUGCUUGUGUUUCUAGCUCCAACAGCGCAGUACUAUCUAACAAUACACAACAAAGCACACAUGUAAAAUAAUGUAAUUAAGAAAUAUUCGCAUGAGCAAUGUCUGUGAUGGGAUGUAUAGACAUUAUGGACAGUGUGGCUAGACUAUAUAGUAUAUCUGAAGAAUAUGUGGAUAGAAUAAUAUAUAUAUAUUCCAGAGGAUCUGAGGGGCCAUGCCAAGUCAUUUCUGCCUCCUGAGGGAGAGGCACUGCUGUGCAGAUGUGAGAGUUUACAUCGUCAGUGACGAACAGCAUUCUCACACGGGUAUUCCUCUUGUCCAUGUGGUAGAGGGCAGAGUGGAGUGCAAUUGAGAAUGCAGCCUCCCGAGUGGCGCAGUGGUCUACGGCACUGCAGUGCUUGAGGCGUCACUACAGAUCCGGGUUCGAUCCCGGGCUGUGUCGCAGCCGACUGCGACCGGGAGACCAAUGAGGACGACGCACAAUAUGCCCAGCGUCGUCCGGGUUAGGGGAGAGUUUGGCCGACCGGGAUGUCCUUGUCCCAUCGCGCUCUAUCGGCUCCUGUGGCGGGCCGGGCGCCUGCAAGCUGACAUGGUCGCCAGAUGUACGGUGUUUCCGCUUGCCGUGCGGUAGCAGAGAGAACAGUCUGACUUGGGUGACUGGAGUCUGUGACUAUUUUUUGGGCCUUCCUCUGACACCGCCUGGUAUAGAGGUCCUGGAUGGCAGGAAGUUAGGCCCCAGUGAUGUACUGGGCCAUACGCACCACCCUCUGUAGCGCCUUGCGGUCGGAUGCCGAGCAGUUGCUAUACCAGGCGGUGAUGCAACCGUUCAGGACGCUCUCGAUGGUGCAGCUGUAGAACUUUUUGAGGAUCUGGGCACCCAUGCCAAAUCUUUUCAGUCUCCUGAGGGGGAAAAGGCGUUGUCAUGCCCUCUUCACGACUGUCUUGGUGUGUUUGGACCAUAAUAGUUUGUUGGUGAUGUGGACACCAAGGAACUUAACUCUCGACCCGCUCCACUACAGCCCCGUCGAUGUGAAUGGGGGCGUGUUCGGCACUCCUUUUCCUGUAGUCCACGAGCAGAUCCUUUGUCUUGCUCAUGUUGAGGGAGAGGUUGUUGUCCUGGCACCACACUGCCAGGUCUCUGACCUCCUCCCUAUAGGCUGUCUCAUCGUUGUCGGUGAUCAGGCCUACCACCGUUGUCGUCAGCAAACUUAAUGAUGGUGUUGGAGUCGUGCUUGGCCACGCAGUCGUGGGUGAACAGGGAGUACAGAAGGGGACUAAGCACGCACCCCUGAGGGGCCCCCAUGUUGAGGAUCAGUGUGGCAGAUGUGUUGUUGCCUACCCUUACCACCUGGGGGCGGCCCGUCCAGGAUCCAGUUGCAGAGGGAGGUGUUUAGUCCCAGGGUCCUUAGCUUAGUGAUGCGCUUUGUGGGCACUAUAAUAAUAAUAAUAAUAUGCCAUUUAGCAGACGCUUUUAUCCAAAGCGACUUACAGUCCAUGCAUGCAUACAUUUUCUGUGUAUGGGUGGUCCCGGGGAUCGAACCCACUACCUUGGCGUUACAAGCGCUGUGCUCUACCAGCUGAGCUACAGAGGACCACAGACUAUGGUGUUGAACGCUGAGCUGUAGUCAAUGAACAGCAUUCUCACAUAGGUGUUCCUUUUGUCCAGGUGGGAAAGGGCAGUUUGGAGUGCAACUGAGAUUGCGUCAUCUGUGGAUCUGUUGGCGGUAUGCGAAAUGGAGUGGGUCUAGGGUUUACGGGAUGAUGUUGUUGAUGUGAGCCAUGACCAGCCUUUCAAAGCACUUAAUGGCUACUGACGUGAGUGCUACCGGGGCGGUAAUCAUUUAGGCAGGUUACCUUCGCUUCCUUGGACACAGGGACUAUGGUGGUCUGCUUGAAACAUGUAGGUAUUACAGACUCGGUCAGGGAGAGGUUGAAAAUGUCAGCGAAGACACUUGCCAGUUGGUCCGCACAUGCUCUGAGUACACGUCCUGGUAAUCCGUCUGGCCCCGCGGCCUCGUGAAUGUUGACCUGUUUAAAGGUUGCACACAUCGGCUACAGAGAGCGUGAUCACACAGUCGUCCAAAACAUCUGGUGCUCUCAUGCAUGCUUCAGUGUUGCUUGCCUCGAAGCGAGCAUAAAAGGCAUUUACCCCAUCUGGUAGGCUCUCGUCAGUGAGCAGCUCGCGGCUGGGUUUCCCUUUGUAGUCCGUAAUAGUUUGCAAGCCCUGCCACAAUAGGAUUCCACCUUGUUUCUAUAUUGUCAUUUUGCCUGUUUGAUGGCUCUGAGGAGUUCGUAGCGGGACGUGUCCUCACCUGUCACCACGCCCUGUGAGCGGUAGCUCUGUCCUUUAGUUUAGUGCAUACCUUGGCGUUAAUCCAGUGCUUUUGAUUGGGGAAGCAGCUAUCGUCUGAGUCCCAGAACAUUCCAGUCAGCGCUAUCAAAGCAGUCCUGCAGCAUAGCCUCCGCUUCGGAUAACCAUUUCUCUAUGGCAAGGGGUACUUCCUGUUGUGAGCUUCUGUUUGUAAACAGGAAGCAGGAGUAUAGAGUCAUGAUCUGAUUUGCAGAAAGGGGGGCGAGGGGAGGGCCUUUUGCUUGCGGGUUGCUUAUUCAGACAAUUAACUAUGCCUCACUAUGGUGACUCAACCUCUCCUCUCUACCUCCCUCUCCUCCCAGCAGAAUCCCCCUUUCCUCUGCCCUCCCUGGGCCUGCUGGUCCCUCCUCUCCGGAUGAUGUCAGCGGUCAUGUGGCAGGUGGUGCGCCAGGGCAACACAAAGCAUUAUGGGAAGCUGGAGGAGUUUGUGUCCAUGGUAACGGAGGUGGUUCCAGAACUCCUGUCCAACAGACAGAGGUGGCUGCUGACCCUGGCUCUCAGAGGACGGGUAAGACACUCCCAAUCAAUCAAUCAAUCAAUCAAUCAAUCUCAGGGGUGGCUGCUGACCCUGGCUCUCAGAGGACGGGUAAGAGACUCCCAAUCAAUCAAUCAAUCAAUCAAUCUCAGAGGUGGCUGCUGACCCUGGCUCUCAGAGGACGGGUAAGAGACUCCCAAUCAAUCAAUCAAUCAAUCAAUCUCAGGGGUGGCUGCUGACCCUGGCUCUCAGAGGACGGGUAAGAGACUCCCAAUCAAUCAAUCAAUCAAUCAAUCUCAGGGAUUAGGCGUCCAAACAGUGUACAAAUAAAUUAUAUAUCAUUUUCAAAGGUUUGGGGUCACUUAGAAAUGUCCUUGUUUUCCAUGAAAACAUACAUGAAAUGAGUUUGAAUAGGAAAUAUAGCAAAAUGAAUAGGAAAUGUAGUCAUUGACAAGGUUAGAAAUAAUGAUUAUUAAUUAAAAUAAUAAUUGUGUCCUUCAAACUUUGCUUUCGUCAAAGAAUCCUCCAUUUGCAGCAAUUACAGCCUUGCAGACCGUUGGCAUUUUAGUUGUCAAUUUGUUGAGGUAAUCUGAAGAGAUUUCACCCCAUGCUUCCUGAAGCACCUCCCACAAGUUGGAUUGGCUUGAUGGGCACUUCUUACGUACCAUACGGUCAAGCUGCUCCCACAACAGCUCAAUAGGGUUGAAAUCCAGUGACUGUGCUGGCCACUCCAUUAUAGACAGAAUACCAGCUGACUGCUUCUUCCCUAAAUAGUUAUUGCAUAGUUUGGAGCUGUGCUUUGGGUCAUUGUCCUGUUGUAGGAGGAAAUUGGCUCCAAUCAAGCACCGUCCACAGGGUAUGGAAUGGCGUUGCAAAAUGGAGUGAUAGCCUUCCUUCUUCAAGAUCCCUUUUACCCUGCACAAAUCUCCCACUUUACCACCACCAAAGCACCCCCAGACCAUUACAUUGCCUCCACCAUGCUAUACAGAUGGCAUCAAGCACUCCUCCAGCAUCUUUUCAUUUGGUCUGCGUCUCACAAAUGUUCUUCUUUGUGAUCCAAACACCUCAAACUUCGAUUCGUCUGUCCAUAACACUUUUUUCCAAUCGUCCUCUGUCCAGUGUCUGUGUUCUUUUGCCCAUCUUAAUCUUUUAUUUUUAUUGGCCAGUCUGAGAAAUUGCUUUUUCUUUGCAACUCUGCCUAGAAGGUCAGCAUCCCGGAGUCGCCUCUUCACUGUUGACGUUGAGACUGGUGUUUUGCGGGUACUAUUUAAUGAAGCUACCAGUUGAGGACCUGUGAGGCGUCUGUUUCUCAAACUAGACACUCUAAUGUAUUUGUCCUCUUGCUCAGUUGUGCACCGGGGCCUCCCACUCCUCUUUCUAUUCUGGUUAGAGCCAGUUUUGCUGUUCUGUGAAGGGAGUAGUACACAGCGUUGUACGAGACCUUCAGUUUUGGCAAUUUCUCGCAUGGAAUAGCGAGAAACAAGAAUAGACUGACGAGUUUCAGAAGAAAGUUAUUUGUUUCUGGCCAUUUUGAACCUCUAAUCGAACCCACAAUUGCUGAUGCUCCAGAUACUCAACUAGUCUCAAGAAGGCCAGUUUUAUUGCUUCUUUAAUCAGCACAACAGUUUUCAGCUGUGCUAACAUAAUUGCAAAAGGGUUUUCUAAUGAUCAAUUAGCCUUUUUUUAAACGAUAAACUUGGAUUAGCAAACACAACGUGCCAUUGGAACACAGGACUGAUGGUUGCUGAUAAUGGGCCUCUGUACGCCUCUGUAGACGGUUUUAUCGCCACGCCGACGGUUUUACCCUUUCGUCCACCACCUAAGCCCCUUUUUUGAUUUAGAAAAAAACCCUGAGUCUGGUUUUAAGAGAUUACCAGCAUGUUCGAGAGGAUCGUCUUGAACAAGGCUCUGGACAGAUUACUGAUCUACAAAACAUCUUGCACCGCAAAUGGGUGUGUCUAUUCCCUCAAAGGUGCUGUCUGUGAUUGGAGGCUUAAAACAGGAAAAUAACUUACACAUCUGAGUCGACGGUGUGAGAAUAAUGAGGAUCUUUUGAAGAAAAGGAUUAAAGAUGGAAUCCGCAGUAGAGGGAAACAGCGCCACGGUCUGCCUAGGGCUGGGCGGUAUGGCCUAAAAAUCAUAUCUAUUUUUUCAAACUUAUGGGCGAUUUCACAAUUGAUAUCUAAAUUUGCUCUACCUACCAAGUGAGCCACAAGUGUUACCUGACUCUGUGUAGACAUGUUACUGGUUUUCAUUAUUCAACAAAUAAUUGAACUAGUUUAAAGUGCUAAAGAAGAAAAGUAUAUUUUAUAACCACAGGCUCAUGGGGUUCACCUUAGCUAUCCCACGGACCAUAUUGUGGGCUUGAGCAGGAAACCACAGGGGAGCUCGAGGGUAACUGUGUAAAAACCACACAAAGAAGGAUUACUGAGUAUCUAUAGUUCAUCCUUACUCAAACAAAGUGCUUAACCCAUGCUUUCAGAUAAGAAUUCAUUUCAAGAAAUUAGUCUUCACUGAAACUCUAAUACGCAGGACUUAGCGAGUGGGAUUUAGUACUCCUGAGUGGCGCAGUGGUCUAAGGCACUGCAUCGCAGUGCUAGCUGUGCCACUAGAGAUCCUGGUUCGAAUCCAGGCUCUGUCGCAGCCGGCCGCGACCGGGAGACUCAUGGGCGGCGCACAAUUGGCCCAGCGUUGUCCAGGGUAGGGGAGGGAAUGGCCGGCAGGGAUGUAGCUCAGUUGAUAGAGCAUGGCGUUUGCAACGCCAGGGUUGUGGGUUCGUUUCCCACGGGGGGCCAGUAUAAAAAAAUAUGUAUUCACUAACUGUAAGUCGCUCUGGAUAAGAGCGUCUGCUAAAUGACUAAAAUGUAAAAUGUAAAAAUGUAAAUAGCCGUGAGGGUGUUGUCCGGUCAACUAGAAAGGCAGGACCAGCCGCCACCAGGAGUGUCUGAGACUAUGCCCCGUGGUUGAACGUAUCCUGUGUAAAAGGUGAGGUAACACGUAAUAAGAGCUGGCCCAAGCAAAAAUAGUGCAGAGUGGACUAAAAAUAGCCCCCGCUGACGCGUAGUAUACCGUGUCACAAACUACCCGUGACGUGUUAACAGUAGGUUGGAGUGAGCUAACCUCUGUGGCUAGCAGAGAUAGUCCAAGAGGGGAUGGCCCGGGAUGAUAGAGUGGAGCCCAGGACUUCACUGCUAACUCAGUCUAGGGUAGGAAGACAGGGAAGACCCCCCCCCUCACUGGGAAAGAGGCUCAUACCACGGGAUUCUCCAGGCCUACAAAGCACGGUGUGGUCAAGAAAACGGCCAAAGGCAAAGAGACGGACCGUACUAGUCACCACGACAAUACACUGCAUUUCAAACAGUUGGGAAUAAUCUAAUGAAAUUCAGGGCUUUUAAAAUUAUACAUACGCUAAAUACAAGCCUUCAACCAUAAGACCCACUAAGUUCAUAAUUUUAUCAAAAUAGUUUAACCUGCUUUUUUGCAAUGACGACUGAUCUGGCUUUCAAGUCUAUGAAAAUGCCCUUUUUGUUACAAAUGUAACCACAACCAUGCACAUCCACUAAUACUGACCAACUUCUGGUAGCAGGCAUUAUGGAAUAAUUUAACACAGGUCUCGCAAGCACAAGCCCACGUGCUAGUGAGGAGCCAGCUAAUCUGUAUAUUUAAAGUCUAGCCACCUUUGGUAACAAGGUAGAACAGUUGAACUGUAAUGAAUACACCCCCUCCUGUCUGUCUCCCACUGUUUGAAUAACAGCCUGUUCACUUUGUUUUUAGAUGUUGAAGUCAACUGGGCUCCCUGGAUAAGAAUGAGAACCAGUUGCCAAUUCCUUAUAUAAUGCUCAUCGCACAUUCUAUAAAACACAGACUAGACAGCUAGCACAAGUCUGUGGCUAAAAUGCUGCUAGCUGUACCGUAACUGAGCAUUUAAAAUUUCCAAAAUCAUGUUAAUUGAUACUCCAGUCUUCGUAGGAUCAGCUCUGUUCUACGUUGAGACAUAACGGGGCUAUCGUUACAAAGGUUAGGUUCUCUAUUGCAGUAAAUGUCUGUUUCAUAUGACCGACUGUCGGACCAAACCUCAAAUGCAAAUGGGGAGUUGAAACUGCUUGUUGUCAGAGAGGAGGAAGUGAUCUUUCAUCUGGACGUUGUUGUUGUGAGUGUCUGGGGGAGGGGCUUGGCGUCUGUGUGGGAAGGUGCACAGAAGGAGACGAGACCAAAAAGACAAACUCAUGAAGAAAUAACCUUGAUUCUUACGAUGCAGGCAUUUGUAACAUCUCGUUAAAACACACAUCGCCCAGCCCUGUGUCUGCCCCACGGCUGUUAUUGUUUUUGUAUUGUUGACAAAGCAGAGAUGGGCAGCGCUGGGGUUAGCCUCGCUAGCUGCUGGAUCUAGCAUGCUAGUAGAUACCAUAGACUUCCAGUCAUUGCGCUAAAAAUGGACUCUGGGAAAGUAGAUUAAGGGCCUCAUUGCCAAAAUUCUGAGGUAUCCAUUUAAGCUUCUGUGAUUGGCGGCUGCAGAUGGGUUGAAUGCACAUGGCAGUUGGUAACACAGAUGGGUUGAAUGCACAUGGCAGUUGGUAACUCGGAUGGGUUGAAUGCACAUGGCAGUUGGUAACUCGGAUGGGUUGAAUGCACAUGGCAGUUGGUAACUCGGAUGGGUUGAAUGCACAUGGCAGUUGGUAACACAGAUGGGUUGAAUGCACAUGGCAGUUGGUAACUCAGAUGGGGUGAAUUCACAUGGCAGUUGGUAACUCGGAUGGGUUGAAUGCACAUGGCAGUUGGUAACACAGAUGGGUUGAAUGCACAUGGCAGUUGGUAACUAACAUGGGGUGAAUGCACAUGGCAGUUGGUAACUCAGAUGGGUUGAAUGCACAUGGCAGUUGGUAACUCAGAUGGGUUGAAUGCACAUGGCAGUUGGUAACUCGGAUGGGUUGAAUGCACAUGGCAGUUGGUAACUCGGAUGGGUUGAAUGCACAUGGCAGUUGGUAACACAGAUGGGUUGAAUGCACAUGGCAGUUGGUAACUCGGAUGGGUUGAAUGCACAUGGCAGUUGGUAACACAGAUGGGUUGAAUGCACAUGGCAGUUGGUAACUCGGAUGGGUUGAAUGCACAUGGCAGUUGGUAACUCGGAUGGGUUGAAUGCACAUGGCAGUUGGUAACUCGGAUGGGUUGAAUGCACAUGGCAGUUGGUAACACAGAUGGGUUGAAUGCACAUGGCAGUUGGUAACACAGAUGGGGUGAAUUCACAUGGCAGUUGGUAACUCGGAUGGGUUGAAUGCACAUGGCAGUUGGUAACACAGAUGGGUUGAAUGCACAUGGCAGUUGGUAACUAACAUGGGGUGAAUGCACAUGGCAGUUGGUAACUAACAUGGGUUGAAUGCACAUGGCAGUUGGUAACUAACAUGGGUUGAAUGCACAUGGCAGUUGGUAACUAACAUGGGUUGAAUGCACAUGGCAGUUGGUAACUAACAUGCGUUGAAUGCACAUGGCAGUUGGUAACACAGAUGGGUUGAAUGCACAUGGCAGUUGGUAACUCGGAUGGGUUGAAUGCACAUGGCAGUUGGUAACACAGAUGGGUUGAAUGCAUAUGGCAGUUGGUAACUCGGAUGGGUUGAAUGCACAUGGCAGUUGGUAACUUAGAUGGGUUGAAUGCACAUGGCAGUUGGUAACCCGGAUGGGUUGAAUGCACAUGGCAGUUGGUAACUCGGAUGGGUUGAAUGCACAUGGCAGUUGGUAACCCGGAUGGGUUGAAUGCACAUGGCAGUUGGUAACUGGUUGGUUCUCUUCUCAGGUGACUCUGGAACUGUUCCGAUCUGGACAUCCUGAUGACCUCAAGGCUGUUGAAAGCCACCUGGAUAGAAUCACAGCAUCUGGUCUCAAACAGGUGAGAUAUUCAAUCAAUCAAAUGUACACUGCUCAAAAAAAUAAAGGGAACACUUAAACAACACAAUGUAACUCCAAGUCAAUCACACUUCUGUGAAAUCAAACUGUCCACUUAGGAAGCAACACUGAUUGACAAUACAUUUCACAUGCUGUUGUGCAAAUGGAAUAGACAACAGGUGGAAACGAUAGGCAAUUAGCAAGACACCCCCAAUAAAGGACUGGUUUUGCAGGUGGUGACCACAGACCACUUCUCAGUUCCUAUGCUUCCUGGCUGAUGUUUUGUUCACUUUUGAAUGCUGGCGGUGCUUUCACUCUAGUGGUAGCAUGAGACGGAGUCUACAACCCACACAAGUGGCUCAGGUAGUGCAGCUCAUCCAGGAUGGCACAUCAAUGCGAGCUGUGGCAAGAAGGUUUGCUGUGUCUGUCAGCGUAGUGUCCAGAGCAUGGAGGCGCUACCAGGAGACAGGCCAGUACAUCAGGAGACGUGGAGGAGGCCGUAGGAGCAGGAGGAGCACUGCCAGAGCCCUGCAAAAUGACCUCCAGCAGGCCACAAAUGUGCAUGUGUCUGCUCAAACGGUCAGAAACAGACUCCAUGAGGGUGGUAUGAGGGCCCGACAUCCACAGGUGGAGGUUGUGCUUACAGCCCAACACCGUGCAGGACGUUUGGCAUUUGCCAGAGAACACCAAGAUUGGCAAAUUCGCCACUGGCGCCCUGUGCUCUUCACAGAUGAAAGCAGGUUCACACUGAGCACAUGUGACAGACGUGACAGAGUCUGGAGACGCCGUGGAGAACGUUCUGCUGCUCUGCAACAUCCUCCAGCAUGACCGGUUUGGCGGUGGGUCAGUCAUGGUGUGGGGUGGCAUUUCUUUGGGGGGCCGCACAACCCUCCAUGUGCUCGCCAGAGGUAGCCUGACUGCCAUUAGGUACCGAGAUGAGAUCCUCAGACCCCUUGUGAGACCAUAUGCUGGUGCGGUUGGCCCUGGGUUCCUCCUAAUGCAAGACAAUGCUAGACCUCAUGUGGCUGGAGUGUGUCAGCAGUUCCUGCAAGAGGAAGGCAUUGAUGCUAUGGACUGGCCCGCCCGUUCCCCAGACCUGAAUCCAAUUGAGCACAUCUGGGACAUCAUGUCUCGCUCCAUCCACCAACGCCACGUUGCACCACAGACUGUUGCACCACAGACAGAGUUGGCGGAUGCUUUAGUCCAGGUCUGGGAGGAGAUCCCUCAGGAGACCAUCCGCCACCUCAUCAGGAGCAUGCCCAGCCAUUGUAGGGAGGUCAUACAGGCACGUGGAGGCCACACACACUACUGAGCCUCAUUUUGACUUGUUUUAAGGACAUUACAUCAAAGUUGGAUCAGCCUGUAGUGUGGUUUUCCACUUUAAUUUUGAGGGUGACUCCAAAUCCAGACCUCCAUGGUUUGAUAAAUUUGAUUUCCAUUGAUAAUUUUUGUGUGAGUUUGUUGUCAGCACAUUCAACUAUGUAAAGAAAAAAGUAUUUAAUAAGAUUAUUUCGUUCAUUCAGAUCUAGGAUGUGUUGUUUAAGUGUUCCCUUUAUUUUUUGGAGCAGUGUAUUUAUAAAGCCCUUUUUACAUCAGCAGAUGUCACAAAGUGCUCUACAGAAACCCAGCCUAAAACCCCAAACAGCAAGCAAUGCAGAUGUAGAAGCACGGUGGCUGGGAAAAUCUCACUAGAAAGGCAGGAACCUAGAGAGGAACCAGGCUCUGAGGGGUGGCCAGUCCUCUUCUGGCUGUGCUGGGUGGAGAUUAUAAGAGUACAUGGCCAUUAAGGCCAGAUUUUUUUCUCCCAAGAUGUUCAUAAUAUUCUGACAAGCCCAUUCUCUUCAACAGUAAGGGUCAGUUCCCUGGACACAGAAAGCUUUGGACUAAAAAGCUAAUUAUCAAAUGAGAUCCUCCAUUUUGAGCUUUGUAGUCCAGGGCUAGGCUCAGUCUGUGUCCAGGGAACCACCACUGUGUUCAGCUUGUGAUGUUUGUCUGGACCCUUAUGUGUUGCAGUCAAACGAUGCAGCGAUUGAAUUUGCUGAAGCCAACUUCCUGAACCUGAUCCAGAGCCUAGUGGAAGACCCAGAUAGGAGGGAACACUUCUUCAAGGUAAGAUGGAGCCUAGUGGAAGACCCAGAUAGGAGGGAACACUUCUUCAAGGUAAGAUGGAGCCUAGUGGAAGACCCAGAUAGGAGGAAACGCAAGGCGGCUCAACUCUAACAGGGCUCCUAACUUCCAUGUUGACUUAUCAGGAUGGACUUCUCAGAUCAUGUAGCUAGAGAUGAGUGUUUUAAUCUCAAGGCAGGAUGCAGUUUUAAAGUAUUGGAACAGAGAUCAAGACUCUCUUCCCCUUCACUAUGGUUGUGUUGGGUUGAGACUUAUUUCCCCUUGGGGAUCUUUAAAGUAUUUCUAACUGAGGUCCUAACUUUGACUGCCUUCUACAACAGGUUGUGUUCCCGGUGGAGUACGGUCCUAGCUUUGACUCAUCGCUGCAGACUCUGGUGUGCCACUUCCUGUCUAGACUGGAGGAGCUGCUGCCUGUCCCAGACUUCAAACAGGUACCAGUCAGACAGCACUGUGACGGUGUCAGAAUACCCAUACUUGUGUUCUAAAUAGUAGGCAUUUUAGGUAUGCGAAAAUAUAAAGUUUUUUAUAGUAUGUGCAUUUUCUAAAAUCGAGUAUGGUUUAAAUGCUGCUCUUCAUCCACUAGAAUUCACUACUGAGGAACAUGCAUCUUUCCAGACUGAUAAUGAGAUAAGGGGAGGCGCUGUACCAAAAUGAACAAAUGGCAGGAAUCAACGCGCAUUAGAUUACGCAUUCUCAGUAGGAGGAGCCUAGUAUGAUGAUAUUCUCAGGAGGAGGAGCCUAGUAUGAUGAUAUUCUCAGGAGGAGGAGCCUAGUAUGAUUAUAUUCUCAGGAGGAGGAGCCUAGUAUGAUGAUAUUCUCAGGAGGAGGGGAAUGACUACUGGUGUAGGUGGUAGAAUGACUACUGGUGUAGGUGGUAGAAGAAUGACUACUGGUGUAGGUGGUAGAAUGACUACUGGUGUAGGUGGUAGAAGAAUGACUACUGGUGUAGGUGGUAGAAGAAUGACUACUGGUGUAGGUGGUAGAAUGACUACUGGUGUAGGUGAUAGAAUGACUACUGGUGUAGGUGGUAGAAGAAUGACUACUGGUGUAGGUGGUAGAAUGACUACUGGUGUAGGUGGUAGAAGAAUGACUACUGGUGUAGGUGGUAGAAGAAUGACUACUGGUGUAGGUGGUAGAAGAAUGACUACUGGUGUAGGUGGUAGAAGAAUGACUACUGGUGUAGGUGGUAGAAUGACUACUGGUGUAGGUGGUAGAAGAAUGACUACUGGUGUAGGUGGUAGAAGAAUGACUACUUGUGUAGGUGGUAGAAUGACUACUGGUGUAGGUAGAAGAAUGACUACUGGUGUAGGUGGUAGAAUGACUACUGGUGUAGGUGGUAGAAGAAUGACUACUGGUGUAGGUGGUAGAAGAAUGACUAACUGGUGUAGGUGGUAGAAGAAUGACUACUGGUGUAGGUGGUAGAAGAAUGACUACUGGUGUAGGUGGUAGAAGAAUGACUACUGGUGUAGGUGGUAGAAGAAUGACUACUGGUGUAGGUGGUAGAAGAAUGACUACUGGUGUAGGUGGUAGAAGAAUGACUACUGGUGUAGGUGGUAGAAUGACUACUGGUGUAGGUGGUAGAAGAAUGACUACUGGUGUAGGUGGUAGAAGAAUGACUACUGGUGUAUUUCUUCGUAAUAUUAGUGUCAUUUUUACCACCGUUCUGUGUUCAGACUGCGUCGUUGAUCAGUGCUGCCCCCUCUGUUCUGGAGGAGUACAUGCGCUGUGUCUCUCACGGAGAGGACCUGAAGUCUCUGCUACAGAACCAACACUGCCACGGGAAGCUGCCCAAGAGCGGUAAGCCUCUGGCUGCACCCCAAAUGGUACCCUAUUCCCUUUAGAAUGCUCUACUUUAGACCAGGGCCCAUGGGGUUCCGGUUUGAAGUAGUGCACUAUAUAGGGAAAAGGGUGCUGUUUGGGAUGCAUCUUCUGUCUGACACUCUGUAGAUGAAAUAUAAUGCCAUAUAACUUUAAUAAUCCAAUAACCAUCUUCUUUCCAUUGGUCCUGGUUGUCACUGUUCAGCUCCCUCACGGACAGAGGACCGCCUCCUCAUCUCCUUAUCCUUCCCUCCCUCUCUGAGACUGGCCAAUGCCUCGCGCCCCAGCGCCAGCAAAUCAGAAGCUUUCCCUGACUGUGACAGCCCGCCCCUGCAGGUCAGAGACUACCAGGAGAUUAUGACUGACAGUUUGAGUGGCCAAUGGGCUGAGACAGAAGCAAGUAUGGAUAACAAGAUUGGAACAGAUUCAGUAGAAAACCAAGGAUCUGAAAGAAAGGCUAACCAGAAGGUCUGUGUGGAGAGACAAAGUGUACGAUCGAAGUCUGAGGAAGAAAGAAAAGCAUCAGUCUCUGAGCACCAAUACUCCCUGAUCUCCAACACUGCUCCCCAGACUGCUGAACAAGACACGGCCCCAUCAGCCAGCCAACAAGCUGCUGCAUCGUCCUCCACAACAUCCAGCCCUGCCGCCUCCAGCGUAUCGUCGGAGCAGCCUCGGCGCCGCGUUGCCCAUAAGUGUCCCCAUUGUGGCCGUUGUUUCAUCUACCUCUACGAGAUGCUGGAGCACCAGAGACUCCACACAGGGGAGAACCCUUACAAGUGUUCCCAGUGUGGCAAGACCUUCAGAAGGUCCUCGGAGAUGUCCACCCACCGCCGGACACAGUGCUCCAACGCGGCCUACGUCUGUAUCAAAUGUGGGAGCAGUUUUGGGUCGAUCAGGGAGCGGGUCAGCCACCGCUGUAGUGGUAGCAGGCGGGCCAGCAGUUUGGGUCAGGCAGGUCAGUUUGAGUGUCCACAGUGUGGGAAGAUCUUCAAGUGGCACAACUCGUUAAAGAAACACCUGGUAACCCACACCAGUGACAAGGUCUUCAAUUGCAGGUAUAUUAUACUGCUACACUUGCUGUAUGUACAGUGGGGGGGGGAGUAUUUAGUCAGCCACCAAUGGUCCAAGUUCUCCCACUUAAAAAGAUGAGAGAGGCCUGUAAUUUUCAUCAUAGGUACACGUCAACUAUGACAGACAAAAUGAGAAAAGAAAUUCCAGAAAAUCACAUUGUAGGAUUUUUAAUGAAUUUAUUUGCAAAUUAUGGUGGAAAAUAAGUAUUUGGUCAAUAACAAAAGUUUCUCAAUACUUUGUUAUAUACCCUUUGUUGGCAAUGACACAGGUCAAACGUUUUCUGUAAGUCUUCACAAGGUUUUCACACACUGUUGCUGGUAUUUUGGCCCAUUCCUCCAUGCAGAUCUCCUCUAGAGCAGUGAUGUUUUGGGGCUGUCGCUGGGCAACACAGACUUUCAACUCCCUCCAAAGAUUUUCUAUGGGGUUGAGAUCUGGAGACUGGCUAGGCCACUCCAGGACCUUGAAAUGCUUCUUACGAAGCCACUCCUUCGUUGCCCGGGCGGUGUGUUUGGGAUCAUUGUCAUGCUGAAAGACCCAGCCACGUUUCAUCUUCAAUGCCCUUGCUGAUGGAAGGAGGUUUUCACUCUCAAUCUCACGAUACAUGGCCCCAUUCAUUCUUUCCUUUACACGGAUCAGUCGUCCUGGUCCCUUUGCAGAAAAACAGCCCCAAAGCAUGAUGUUUCCACCCCCAUGCUUCACAGUAGGUAUGGUGUUCUUUGGAUGCAACUCAGCAUUCUUUGUCCUCCAAACACGAUGAGUUGAGUUUUUACCAAAAAGUUAUAUUUUGGUUUCAUCUGACCAUAUGACAUUCUCCCAAUCCUCUUCUGGAUCAUCCAAAUGCACUCUAGCAAACUUCAGACGGGCCUGGACAUGUACUGGCUUAAGCAGGGGGACACGUCUGGCACUGCAGGAUUUGAGUCCCUGGCGGCGUAGUGUGUUACUGAUGGUAGGCUUUGUUACUUUGUUCCCAGCUCUCUGCAGGUCAUUCACUAGGUCCCCCCGUGUGGUUCUGGGAUUUUUGCUCACCGUUCUUGUGAUCAUUUUGACCCCACGGGGUGAGAUCUUGCGUGGAGCCCCAGAUCGAGGGAGAUUAUCAGUGGUCUUGUAUGUCUUCCAUUUCCUAAUAAUUGCUCCCACAGUUGAUUUCUUCAAACCAAGCUGCUUACCUAUUGCAGAUUCAGUCUUCCCAGCCUGGUGCAGGUCUACAAUUUUGUUUCUGGUGUCCUUUGACAGCUCUUUGGUCUUGACCAUAGUGAAGUUUGGAGUGUGACUGUUUGAGGUUGUGGACAGGUGUCUUUUAUACUGAUAACAAGUUCAAACAGGUGCCAUUAAUACAGGUAACGAGUGGAGGACAGAGGAGCCUCUUAAAGAAGAAGUUACAGGUCUGUGAGAGCCAGAAAUCUUGCUUGUUUGUAGGUGACCAAAUACUUAUUUUCCACCAUAAUUUGCAAAUAAAUUCAUAAAAAAUCCUACAAUGUGAUUUUCUGGAAUGUUCUUUCUCAAUUUGUCUGUCAUAGUUGACGUGUACCUAUGAUGAAAAUGACAGGCCUCUCUCAUCUUUUUAAGUGGGCACAAUUGGUGGCUGACUAAAUACUUUUUUCCCCCACUGUAGUUGCAUCCCAAAUGGCACCCUAUUCCCUAUAUAGUGCACUAGUUUUGACCGGGGCCAAUAGGGUUUUGGUCAAAAGUGCACUGUAUAGAGAGCCAUUUGGGAUGCCCUAUCUGUGAGUACACAAUGUCAAUGUUUUUCAAUCACUUCCACAGUCCCCCUGCCCUCCAGAAGGUUCUCUGUCCUGUAAGGCAAACGGUCAAUAACCUGCGUCCCAAAUCACACCCUAUUCAGUGCACUAGUUUUGACCAGAGCCCUAUAUAGAGAAUAGGCUGUCAUUUAGCACACAGACAAUCUGCUAACCCUAAUGUAUUGUCAGGUGCUGUGGUGAGGGGCCGUUCCCUGGCGUGGCCGAGCUCAGGGCCCACCAGAAGGCCCAUGACGGAGAAGAGAAGCCCUACAAGUGUAAACAGUGUGGAAAGGGCUUCAGCUCCCAGGUGCUGUAUUGAUUGGUAUAAUCCAGGGGAUAACAUGUUUCCAUGGUCCCCGAUUCUACAGACAAAACAAAAUGAUGUGUGUAUUGUUGUACUAAGAUGUCUGAGACCACUAUGUAUUUUUUUAAUGGCUAAUAAAAUGAGUUCAUUUAAUUUUAGGUCUGGCUAAAUAACCACGAGCAGCGUCACUCCCAAGAGAGGUCCAAGAUCUGCCCCAGCUGUGGAAAGGCCUUCAGAUGCAAAGGAGACCUGAAGCUCCACAUGCGGACCCACACCGGCGAGAGGCCGUACCAGUGCACCUACUGCGCCAAGCGGUUCUCUGUGAACGGAAACCUGACCAUACACAUCAGAACACACACGGGGGAGAAACCUUUCCUCUGCUCCGACUGCGGCAAGACUUUCUGCUCUGCGGGAGAGCUGCAGAUCCACAGGAGAACACACACCGGGGAGAGACCGUACAAGUGCACCGUCUGCGAGAAAGGCUUCACCAUGGCUAGCAAGGUGACUCUCCACAUGCGGGUUCAUACGGGGGUACGGCCCUACGUCUGCCACGAGUGUGGAAAGGCGUUCUCUCGCGGUGCGGAGUUGAAGAAACACGUCCUGAACCACACUGGGGUGAGACCGUACCCCUGUCAUCUCUGUUCUAAGACGUACACCUGUCUAAAUCACCUGAAGAGACAUUUGAAGACUCACUCUGCCUCCCCGUCGUUGGAUAUUAGCAGUGGGGCGUCUGUAGUAUAAUGCAUAUUACCCUUUAUUUAACACGAUAUUGUCAAUAUAAAAAGUGUAUAUUUUAUUUUCUAACGGCUGCUUUAUGCUACUUGUAAGGAGCGGUAGUUGAAGUCGACUGAGGACACUACUUUUGACCAGAGCC